CUGUAAUUGGAAUUUUAAACUAUACAUGUACUAAAAAUACAAACAGUUGGUUCACUGUGUGACAUUGCCAUUUGUCAGUAUCAGAAACCAUUUUGUUUCUCCGUAAUUUUCCGAUUAUGACACGAACUGUCAAUCUUUAAUAAUACAUAUCAAGAUAUUUUUACCACAUUUUUUCAUAUAGUGAAUAAUUGAAUGUGUACGACAAAAUCGGGAUUGAUAACUAACAUAAAGGAAACCAUUUUUGCAAUAAGAUCGGGCUGUUUCUGAUUGAAACACGUUAGUUUUUACGCUCAAUACUCUCAUUCUGUGGUUUACGAAGUCUUUCCGAUGUCGUUCCGGAAUCCGGAAAUGCCCGUAGCCUUCGAAUGCACAAAGUGACAAUAACAAACGUACAUGCCGAAAGAGAAGAAAGAUAUGGAUCAGAUUGGAUAGUCCACGAAAUUACCCUCAAUUUAUGGUUUGAGAGCUGUGAAACAUUGCAAAAUAACAAGAAUUGAAAAUAAUAAACAAUAUAACCUUGUCUCUGCAUGUCUAGAACGUGAAGAUCAGCGAUAUAUUGAAAGAUCAAUUAUUGAAAAUAUAAACUGAGCUUUGUUGGCCUUUGUGGUAAUUUCAUUGCAGAUUUUUCUUUUAAUCCACCCAAAUCGUAAAAUUCAAUGGAAGAAUCAUCAGCAUAUAAAUGGCUGUUGAUGACUCUGGACAGUUCUCGUGUUGCAACGUUGGUUGUAUCAGUUGUUCUUAUUAUUUAUGGCAGUUUUAGAUCUCUUUCUGUUGAAUCAUCAAAACAAUAUGAAGGUGAUAAUGCAGAGAGUGAAACUUCAAAUUCUUCAUUCUUAUUUUUUCAUAAUUUUUCAUCAGAUUUUCACACAAUAAGUUCAACACAAGCAAUGCUUCUUCCUAUUGGUGCCUCAUGCUCCUUGUUAUUUAUGUUUUUCUUUUUUGAAAAAUUCCAGUCAAUAUUUGCCUUCUGUACAGUUGUUUUAGGGACAAUUGCUUUUUCUUUUCUUCUGCUGCCUUUAUGUCAAUAUGUUUUACGGCCAAUUGGAAAUCCAAACUGCAAAAUAUCAUUUGGGUCAUGUGGACGUUUUACUCAGGCAGAACUACUAUCUCUAUUCUGUUCAUUAUCUCUUGUUAUGGUUUGGAUGAUGACUGGUCAUUGGAUAUUAAUGGAUGCCUUAGCAAUGGGAGUGCAUAUCAAUGAGCAUAUUACGACUUCCAAGUUUGAAAGUGUCAAUUCUACUUUUGCUUGGUCUGGUAGUUUAUGA